AUGGAGGUAGUGGUCCAGGUGCAAAAGAAUCAAGCUCAAACAGUAGAAAGAAACAAAGGGCGGAGGAAAAGGCAAAGCACGGAGGCUCUAGGAAUAGGGUUGGGUUGUAUUUCAGAGUACCAUUCCCCUUGCCUUCGUAAGUAUGAAACAGGUUCAUUUAAAGAGUAG